CAUUUCAGAGUACACUAAAAGAAUCUGCAAAACAAAUUCGAUAUAUGAAUGCAAAACCUGAAUUAGGUUCUCUUAUAUGGUUUAAAAUCCCACUAGGGCUGAUCUCUCUUUCAUAACGUACAGUUCAGCUCAGUCUAAUUCAGUGCUGCACAGGGUUUAGUGUUGUAGUAGAUCAUAGGUGAAUCUAUCACAUGAUUGCUGCGGUCGCUCUGUGCUUCCUGAGCAGAGAUCAGCAGUAGCACUGGGAGCAGCAGCAGCAGCAGGUUCCGGGGCUUCUUCAUGUAAACACGCCGCGCACAGGGCUUUGUCUCUCACACACACACACGCACACACAGACCGACACACACGCUCCGCUGGUAUCCCCCCAUCCAGUCAUGCCAUGGAUAUUUUGUGGCAAUACCAGUUCAGGAUCAUCUUGCUCGGUGAUUCCACGGUGGGUAAGUCUUCGUUGCUGAAACGUUUCACGGACGGGAUCUACAGCGAUGUGGCGGAUCCGACCGUCGGGGUGGAUUUCUACGCCCGCUCUCUGGAUAUCGAGCCCGGGGUGAAGAUCAAGCUGCAGCUCUGGGACACGGCCGGACAGGAGCGAUUCAGGUCCAUCACAACAUCAUACUACCGUAACUCCGUGGGCGGCCUGCUCGUCUUCGACCUCACCAACCACAAGACCUUUGAGCAUGUGAGGGAGUGGCACAAGGAGGUGAGCGAGCACAUCCUGCCCCACCACAUGGUCUACAUCCUCAUCGGCCACAAGAGCGACCUCAACAAGGACCGCAAGGUGAGCCGGGACGAGGCGGAGGAACUGGCGGCCGAGCUGGGCAUCCGCUACGUGGAGACGUCGGCCAAGUGCAACAGCAACGUGGACCGCGCCUUCGAGCUGCUGACCAGAGACAUCUACGAGCUGAUGAAGAUGGGGGAGAUCGUCACCCGCGACGGCUGGGACGGGGUGAAGAGCGGCCUCACCGCCAAGGUCCUCUACCCGGCCGACGAAGACGAGGAACUAGCCACCGCGGUCCCCGAGAAGGGCUGCCACUGCUGACUGUGAACUCCAAACACUGUCCCGCCGCCGCACCAAGAGCUCACCUCGUCUCACAGUCGUCCAUCGAAACCAAGUCACUCAGGCUCAGCACCCUGUGAUGUCACCAUCCGUCACUUCCUCACCUUGUGCUUCGUGCCCUCUCUGUGUGUGUGGGUUCUUCUGACAACCGGGGUUCUUUUCUAACAGGGUGCCAUUGUAAAUCCCGAUGUUGUAUCUCAUAGGCAAGUUGUAUCUCUAAAGCCAUGUGGCGGAGCACGAGCUGAGCUGUUUUGGGCCUUAUAAGGUUCGUAAAGCGUGCAGAGGUGAUCAGGUCUCAGGGCUUUAGAGCGUAGCCCUGGAGUUAAAGGACGACCGCGUAGACGGAAAAUACAUUUCAUACAGCACUGUCGUGGGUUUCUAUCUGUCAAAGUGUGUGCGAUGCUUUGCCUGCAAUCUUUUGUGACUGUAAUAUUGUAAAUAAUAGUGAGAUCUAUAGAGAUGAAAGGUCACUGAAAGCUAUUUAAUUGAUGAUGUGAACCGACACAGUGCACUCUACAAUAAGUGUCACCAUAUUAAAUCAAUGUGCUCCUCCUGCUUCUGUAAGCUGUAUGUGCACUUACGCCAAACUGACUUAAACCUUUGAUCAUUCUGUGAAUAGGUGAGUAAUGUUUUUGUAAAAGAAGUAUAUAGAUUAUUUCUAGUUAAGGCGUAUACAUAAAGAUAGGCCAUUGUAUUUAGGGUAGGUGGUCCCGUUUAGGUAUUAGAGACAUUGUUACCUCUCAGUCCAUCAGACCUUUAAUGACUUCAACAGAUAAAAGGAGUUUGAGUUUGACCUGCAGCUCUUUGCAGCUUAUGUAAACAGCUGUUUUCUUUUUUAUUCAAAGCUUAAUUCACAAAAAAAAAUAUAAUAAUAAUAAUGAUGGAUGCCAACUCACUAAAUCCAACGGCGUGGAUGUGCGCGCUGCUUUCGUGGGCCGAUACGUUAUGCCAUGUUCCAGAUGUGUCAGUAGGAGAAAACCUGGGCUAAAUGUGUCAACCCUGAGAUGUCACAUUUAACAUGGCACCAUAUACUGCAAAAGCUAAUUAGCAUUUAUUUUAAAAUGGUUAUGAUAGUCCUUCGAAUCCGCUACAGUUCAGCAGGCUCAGCGGGGAAUAUGCCAUGAAUUCACAGCACCCUGGAUUGGGUUUAGGGGUGCAACUAACGAUUAUUUUCAUUGCUGAUCUGUCCAUAAUUUUCUCAAUUAAUUGAUUAGUUGUUUGGUCUAUAAAAUGUCAGAAAAUGGUGAAAAAUGGAUCACCAGUUUUCAGUGAUCCAUUUGCGGAUGACGUUCGCAAAUGUCUUGUUUUGUCCACAACUCAAAGAUAUUCAGUUUACUGUCAUAGAGGUGUAAAGAAACCGGAAAAUAUUCACAUUUAAGAAGCUGCAAUCAGAGA